UGUUUUGUUUUUUUCAAUCCCCUCAUCAUCAUCCCCAUCCCAUCCCUUCCUUCUUCUUCUUCUCCGAUCCUCUCUCUUCAUCCCUUCCUGACGGUUGACUGAAUUCCAUACCCACACCAACCCUCUCUUUCACUCACACUCUCACACUCACACUUCCAUCUCAUCCAAGAUGGGCAAAGGAUCCCGCUCUGCCGUGGCCACGUCGCCCGUCAGCUUCAAGGCCACGCCGCUCUCUUCACAGCACCAUGCAAAGUUCCAGGAGGCACUCAGCGUGAAGGAGCCCAAGGAAAAGCUCUACUGGAAGGGGUUCUCGUCCUCGUCCAAGAACAGGGCCCUCUUCAAGACCUCGUAUGAUGACAUUAUGGAAGAGCCUCCAUACUUCUACCUCAUCACUACCUAUCUCUCCUACAUCAUCCUUUCUUUCUUCGGCCAUGUCCGCGACUUUUACGGCUUCCGUUGGAACAAGAAAGCGUACGCGCAUCUGAUGCCCUCCAACGGAUAUGCCGCCCUGACUUCAGAUUGGGAUUCGUUCUGGACAAGGAACCUGAAGAUGCGUAUCGAGGAUUGCUUUUCUGUGCCAACGACAUUGGUCCCUGGCAGAACCAUCAACAUGUUGGAGCGUGUGACAAACGAUUACUGCCGCACCUUUCAAUUCACCGGCCGCCUCAAGGAGGCCGUCAAUUUAUCCUCCUACAAUUACUUGGGUUUCGCUCAGUCAACUGGCCCCUGCGCUGACGCCGUUGAGGAGAUCGUUCAUACCUACGGAACCUCGUCCUGCGGAACCCGUUUGGAGUCUGGAUCUCUCGAUUUGCACACCAAGACUGAAGAGUUGGUCGCCGAGUUUAUGGGCAAGGAGGCUGCUCUCCUAGUUUCGAUGGGCUAUGCCACCAACAGUACCACCAUUGCCGGUCUGGCCUCCAAGGGCUCCCUGAUCAUCUCUGAUGAGCUCAACCAUAACUCUCUUGUCUUUGGAUCCCGUCUCUCUGGUGCCUACAUCCGUGUCUUCAAGCACAACGACACGCAAGAUUUGGAGGCCGUCCUCCGCGAUGCCAUCUCCCAGGGUCAGCCCAGGACUCACCGCCCAUGGAAGAAUAUUCUGUUAAUUGUUGAGGGUCUUUACUCGAUGGAAGGAUCUAUUGUCAAGUUGCCCGAGAUCAUUGAGCUCAAGAAGAAGUACAAGUUCCAUCUGUAUGUUGAUGAGGCGCACUCUGUCGGUGCUAUUGGACCCCGCGGACGUGGUGUGUGCGAUUACUAUGGCGUUGAUCCCAAGGAAGUCGAUAUUCUCAUGGGUACCUUCACAAAGUCCUUUGGUGCUGCUGGUGGAUACAUCUGUGCGUCCAAGGAGAUCAUCGAUCAUCUUCGUCUCGUGAACCACUCCUCCGUUUAUGGCGAGUCGAUGUCACCCAUUGUCCUUCAGCAGAUCUAUACUAGCAUGUGGUCCAUCAUGGGCCGUGACGGCACCAACGCUGGUCAGGAACGUCUGAGCCGAUUGGCAUGGAACGCGCGCUACCUUGGCAGUAACCUCCGCAAGAUGGGCUUUAUUAUCUAUGGCGACCGUGACUCCCCAGUGAUCCCUCUGCUUCUGUUCAACCCUGCCAAGAUCCCUGCGUUUUCGCGCGAGUGCCGCAAGAGAGAUUUGGCGGUCGUCGUUGUCGGUUUCCCAGCAACGUCGAUUGUCGCCUCUCGUGCCCGCUUCUGCGUCUCUGCUUCGCAUACUAAGGAGGAUUUGGACUUUGUCCUGCGUGUUGUCUCUGAGGUCGGUGACAUUCUUGGCCUGAAGAUGAGCAACCGUCAGGCAUUGGAGAUGGGCAUGGAGGUUUAGACCCGAUAGCGUUAUCUUAUUAUUAUUAUUUUAUUUUUAUCCAUUUUUGCUUUUGCUGUUCUUUGCUUCUUUUCAAGUACGUACAAGUAUUCACUCUUAAUAACAUUCACUCAUUCGACAUAAUAAACCCUUGGUUGUCGCCAACUGUUUACACUUUUAGCUAUGACUAAAAAUGUGUGUUUUGGUUCGUUUUUUUUUUUUUUUUUUUUUUUUUU